AUGGCGGACGUCGAAGCAGCCGAAGAUGUGGAAUCCAACGCAGACGAGGAAGCCGCCGAAGACGCGGAAGCUGACCAAGACGUGGAAGCCACCGAAGACGAGCUACUAACAGUAUGGCUAGGAAACAAUCCAACCGAUCUGCUCUUGCUAGAUGAUGGCGGACCGACGGACGACACUAUCGAUGGUACCUCAGUGCGAGACGCCGACGACGAUCCGCCCGAGACAUGGGAGGAUUUGACAUCGGUAGGGAGGAUCGCGGUGAAAGACCAAGUGAUGGACGGGGGAGGAAGAGAUGACGACGUAGAGCUAGGAGCGACCUUGGUGACUGAUCUAGUGAUGGUAACUUGGACUGUUGACUGA